CUCGGUUUCAACUUUCGCAUUCACAGUUUUUCUGUGUAAGGUUCCGGCUAUGCAUAAUUUGCGAUGAUGAAUAACACAUCAAAGAGGCGCUGCAGUUUACCAGGUUCUCUGACGUCAGUGUAAUAAUCCGUUUGUGGAGGUGAUUAUAGGUGACGUUAUGGAGGCUGCAGACCGGAAUUACUUGUGUUAUUGUGUUCCCUCGCAUUUGUUUUGUGCAGUGAAAACAGUGCACCCUGUUUUGUGAAAUGGUUAGAAAGCUGGCGGUGUUUGUUCGUAUACCUAGAUGUGGCAUCUUCCUGGAAAAUGGGCAGCGGUGCCGGCAAGCCUGAGGAUUCUAGUGACGAGGCCGAGGCUUCCACGCAGAUUACGGUCGCGAGCAAGAGCUCGCCGGGUCACCAGAGUGUAGACAACCGGCGCAGAAGCUCGCAAGAGCAGCACCAAAUCGUUCCAGUGAAACGAGUCACCAAGAACGAACAAAUCGACUCAGGAACAGCGAUAGCAGGGGCCACUAUGAAAAAGCACGACGAUACGUCGGGUGCGAAGAGUGAGGACGAUCUGAUUCUCAGCGAGAAAGCGAGCUCGGACUUCGACGACGACGCCUUCGAGCAGUUCUGCGGGGAAAUCGACCACGUCUUGGAGGGGCGAACCUCGCAGGAGCAGAGAAAGUCAUCGGUGUCUUCGUCAGUCGCCACGCGUCCAAGUGCACACCAUCAAGCUUAUCCAACUCCAAAACACCGACAGCUUGUUCUACAUUCCCACCACCGCCAGCAGCCACAUGAUACACAACAGGAGGAAGUUCGACAACAAAUUGCAUCAUACCAACCGUAUUCUUCUGAACAGCAGCACUAUCUCAGCAGGCCGGUGCAAGCAGCAAAUGUUCCUCCACCCCUUGCCACACGAAGCCUGGAAAAACCCCUCUCCACCUGGAAGCGACCCGAAGACUUGGCCCACAGGGAGCAGGUGCUGAGAGACCAAUACCAGGGCACACGGAUCCACACUAAGGCCCAAUCCACAGCUCCUCAGAUGAGCGGAAUGAGGCUAGCAUCUAGAGAGGGCUUGACUAUGGGGAUGAAGCAAACCUCAGACCUGAUGCAUUUCCAGGAGCAGAGGGCAGAGUCAGAUUUUGAGGAUCCGUCAUUACAAGACAAGGAAGGCUUCGAUAUUUCCAAAUUUAAAGCAGCAAAUAUAAAGAAAAAUGGACACAAGAUGGACAAGUUGCUCCCUGCGACCUACAAAGGCUAUGGUGCCAACCUGUCCCGCCAGGGCACCUUGCCCUCACUGCACCGUGGCAGCAUCUCCUCCACGAUAUCCAGCUUGGGCACACCUGCCAGUGACAAACAAGGAUCUUCUCCCUUGGAUGAUGGCAAGGAGCUGAAGUACAAUCCCUCCGAAGAAGCUCUCUUGGAUUUCAUCGAGAAGGAAUACUCUUAAAUCACAGCUCACCGAAACACAAUGCAGCCAAAUGCUUGCCUCAAAGCCUACAGGAGUUCUUCACAAUUUCAUAUUCCAAUCUUUUAUUUUCCUAACUCUUGAAGGGAGGGAUAAAAAUUGAACGUAAAUUGUCGGUCGCAGCGCGAAGUGACGCACAGAGUCAUUUAGUUACACCACGAAGUGAUAUCAUGGUACAGUCUACAGACUUUUUUUGACACUCGAUACAUCAGUUUGUGAUGUAGCAAUUAUCCAUGGGACAUCAGUUUGUUGUGUGGCUGAACGUGUGCAAAAACCCAGUUAGAAAACUUUGUACCAGACUGUCUUUCUUUCGCCGGUGAGGGUGCACUUCAACUCCAGCGGAUUGAUCAUUUCUGUCAUGUCAUGACUGACAGCUUGACCUCAAUAAUGUUUCUCCAUGAAAGGUGCUCAAUGGCAAGAACACAUACCUUAUGCAAGGAACAUGUCUGACUCUCCAUCAAUUAAUUAUGUUCUGGGUCUUCUGUUCAUCUCAGUUGCCCUCAUCUUGCCCUGUGAUAUUUUCCAGUGGCAGUCUCUUUGCUCCCUUGAGGCAUGAUGACCCAUGUAUAGUUAUCUUCUGAGUUCAAGAUAUUGCAACUGAGUGCACUCAGGCCACGAGUCAGGUAGAUGCAAGUCAGAAGCAAUAAGUGUCAAAUUAAAUGAUAUCUUUUGCCUUUCCUCCAUUAGGACCAUGACGUGCGAACUGCUCAUCAGCCCCAACAAGUUAAGCCAUGUCCAAAUGGUUUUGGCUGUGGCUGGCAAUGCUUACAGCCUCUUCCCACCAACUUGCAUGUUAUGUGUACUUCAGCAAGUUCUCUAUAAGCAGAUAAAACCUGCACAAAACAGUUUACUUAAACAUCACACCACAUGGAUUUGUACAGAAUGAAAAAAAGAGUCAUGGAAAUUGCUGAUAGACCUUCUUUGAUAGAUACCAACUCAACACGUUUCGCAAAUUCUGUAGAGGUACUUCCCAAAUGGUUCAUGUUGCCUUUUUCACAUUCAGAUCUAUCUAAAAAUGAUCUCCAUCAGCAACAAAACCCUAUAUCCUCAAAGAUAAGCUUCUCCCUAUUCCUUUGUGAUGCUGGAUACAAAAGGAGUGAGUUCAAGCAAACACGAGACAGCAGUCAACAGAACUGGGCCAAGUAAACAACAAAAGAUGUUGCAAAGGCAUCCGGCGUUGUUAUGGCAACGUACUCUGUUUUUCCACUGUGUGAGUUUCCCUUCCUUCUGCAAACCACAUUUGGUACCUUAUCCACUGCAAUUUUCAGUGUCUUUUUUUUAAUUAAUCAUAAAAUGGUUUCUUUUGUUGGAAAGAUUAUGUGUAUUUUCAAUAGAGUUGAAUUUUAAUAUUUUAUAUUGUAGUGUUUGAAAUUUCAAUGAGAUUCAUUUUGAAUGUUUAAAAAAUGUGAUUCAUUAUUCCACUGAAAUUGUGUAAAUAUGAAACAGAUCACUAAUUAAUUUGUACAAGUUACACAAUUGUUUAAAAUGCACUUGUUGCCUUGUGGGCAUUAAAGUUUCUUCACAUCAUUUAAAUUUAUACACAGGUACAUGGUACAUGUAGUUGGUUUUUUUAUGUGAAAGCUGACGGCAAGAGUUAAUAUGAAAAACAGUACUAACGUUGUAAAAUGACACAGUGACAGCUUCAGUGACAGACAAGGUGAUGAAUAAAAGAUACACUGACAGAAACAGUGACAAACGUUAAGAUAGCGACAGAUACCCAUACAGUUGUGAAACAACAGGCUCAGCGAAUGAUGCUGAAAAAAAGACAGUGUAGUGUGCUGGCUGCCUCACAGGAGUGUUUAAGGCAUCUGCCUCUUUAAGAGAGAAUCACAUAACAAGAUUGUAUUAUUUCCAGGGCCAUGGUGAAGUUCAUCACAACUCUAAUAACAAGCUCAGGUCCAAAGAUGA